CAUCGUUGGUCUGAAAAUGCUGCUGAUUUAUGUAAAACCACCUGCUAUUUUCUUAUACUAAUAACUUGAUAAUUCAUAUUAAAAUMAWAAAAACUAAACAUUUUGCAUGUGACACUGGAGUGAGCAGGCAGCUCCUCCCAUCCAGCUAUAAGAGCCCAGCUGACCUGCGGGUCCGUCCACCCUGAAGCCGGCCAGCUCAAGCUGCCUCAUGAAGGCUUGGGCAGCUUUCUCACAAGCUUUGRUCUGAGGAUCUCAGUCGCACAUGGAAAUGUAGACGCAGCCCGCCGGCCUGGUUUGUCUUCCCGGAGCGACUCUGAAGYGGAUUAAGGAGGCACUGGUAACUUUUAAUCAUGACUUUCGCCAUGCUGCGGCCCGUGGCGACGCACUUGAUCUACUCGGACUUCACGGUCACCAACUCCGAGGACGACGAGAACCGCAGCGAGAGCGACGGCAGCUCGGAGCAGAGCUACUGCGGCUCCACGGAGAAACGGAGGCGGAUCCCCCGCAAGCUGGAGGGCGACUCCGCGGUGGUGAUGAAGCAGCGGAGCGCGGCCAACGCCAGGGAGAGGGGCCGGACCCAGAGCGUCAACACGGCGUUCACGGCCCUCCGGACUCUCAUUCCCACCGAGCCGGUGGACAGGAAGCUGUCCAAGAUCGAAACGCUCCGACUGGCGUCCAGCUACAUCUCCCACCUGGCCAACGUGCUUCUGAUCGGGGACGCCGGCGCGGAGGGACAGCCGUGCCUCGGAGCGGUCCAUGCGCAAGGCGAGGGCGCAGGGAAGCAGCCGCGCACCAUCUGCACCUUCUGCUUGAGCAAUCAGAGGAAAGGGAUUAAAGAUGGGAAAGACUGUUUGAAAAUGCGAGGACUCGGUCCGCUGCGAGUGAGGCGCUGACCGGACGCCGUCGGUGGAUCGUUUGCAACCUGAAAACCCUCAAGACUUUCUCAGGGAAAGAGCUGAAUCCGGUGCAACAAAGAGCGCUCGCUCUCACGUACCUGUACACACAUGCUGGAUCAAAAGGUGGCACCAAAGAAGAGACUAUUUAUACUUGACUGAGACAUCCGAGACUGUAAGACGUUCAAACAUGCAGUGCAUUCGUUUGAAACUCAGUGGUCUUGUCUUUUUUUWAUUUUUUUUAUUUGGAAGAUGUUUUAAAUAAAAUAUAUUUUAUCAAAAUGAAAGGCAUUUUUACAAUCUCAUUUGGUGACAAUGGAUGUGUCACAAGCUAAGGCUAGUGCAAAACAAACAUUUUUAAGACUCCCAGUUGGAUGAAUAUGAAAUGUUUCCUGCAUCUCCCAAACCUUGGCGUCUCCAUGGUUUCAGCCAGCAUGUUGUUGGGAAACUGCCGGAGCUUACAGCAAAAUGUUCAGGGUCUCCAGUGUCACUCCCCCCUUCAAAUCUCACCAUUCAGUGUUUUUUUGAAGUCUGUUUCCGAUUAGUCACGGCAAAUAGUAGCCCACACUCUGCUCGGAGCCCCAACACAGCUGUUGGUGUGUCAGAGGGAUAAAUCACCGCCGUGGGCCCACUGGACAAGACGAGACGGGGUGAGAGGUGAAAGGUCGCAGCUCUGAAGUGAAGUGAAAUGUAAUGAUGGCAAAUGACGCAGUUAGACUUGUCCCUUUUUCAUCUUUUCUUGUUAGUGGUUUAGUUCACGUUGUCAGAAUGUUUUCACACAUGAUAGUCCGGAGGACUCGGUUCRAUUUGGGACCAAAAUUGCAAAGUUAGGUAUAUUUUCAGCUGCUGCGGUUCGCUUUCUCAGCUGGAUGAAUAUGAAAUGUUUCCUGCAUCUCCCAAACCUUGGGAGAUGCAGGUUUGGGAGAUGCAGGAAACAUCUCCCAAAUGUUUCCUGCAUUUGGGAGAUGUUUCUCCCAAAUGCAGGGAUUACACCAGUCAAACUUCAAGGGUUUGGUAAAAUGAACCAAACCCUUGAAGAACCUGUUCCCCUCCUCACCUGUGGUGGCKCUGCACCAAGAACCACUGAAGGAAAUGACAGGAAAACCUCAGAUGAAGACAUUGAGCAACUUCCUCCUCCACAAAAUGUAAACAAAAWUGGAGAUUUUAGUGGCUUUAUAAAUUCUCUUGUUGUGGGUAAAAAACCGCUGGCGCUAGCUUGUUUGUUUUGGUUGUAUUUACCCAGAAUGCCCUGCGCUGGAGUCCACUUCCUGCUUUUGGAGCUUCUCUGGUUCGCUUGGUGUUCACAUGUGCAUUUGGACCGCCCAGAAUUCACUUUAAUCGAAGGGAGAACUAGCUUUUCAGAUGAUGUUUGCUUUUUUGGUCCACAUUCACACCAGUGGUGGGCAGAUUGAUCCAUAAUAUUGAUAAACAUCGGUACCAAGUCGAUAUCAGUAUUGGGUUGAAAGAUCAAUACUUUAGAUUSAGAUUCAGUCUUGAAAUGUUAUUUUACUUUUGUGUCAUAGUUUCUCAACUCUACCUCAAAAAGAGAUAUUGUUUUGCUCUUUAAUUUUUUUGCAUUUUGUUUAUUUAGGAAAAAUGUACACAGAUCCUGUUAGAAUAGAAUAUACUUUAUUGAUCCCCGGGGAGAAAUUGAUUGCUAUUUGACAAGUUACUCCAUCUAAUGUGUUAAAUAUUAAAUAUAACUAUAAGAGGUCAAGUUUAUAAAGGCCUAAGAUUGAUGUAGGUAAUUCAAUAUGACUGAAUAUAAAUAAAUAAAAAGCAUGCACAUGCAAAUAUGUUAAUCUAAAAAUUAUUAUUAGAAUAAUUAAAGUACUUCCUAGACACUUAUUUGGGUAAAACAAAAAUAAUUCAAAGGAAAACAGGUCACAAAGAGGCUGAUUCCUAMUCCUCUCUGAUUGGUGCAUCUCCACUUUAAAGAUUUUUUUUUUAAUCACUCGUUUGUGGCAUUAAAUAAUGGCGUAUUUUUGUUUUAGUGUGACAUAUUUCUCUUAUAGCUGUGAGAUUUGCUGCUUAUGACCAAAAGGUCAUAAACUCAUAAUAUAUAUCAAACUUAAAUGAAAAGUAUCGGUGAUACAGGCCUUGUAUUUACUUAGUAUCAGAUCGAUACCAAAACAUGCAGUAUUGCACA